AGGAAUAGAGAUAUUUUCCUUUAAUUAUAAAAAAGAUUUACUUCAACUAUAAGAAAUCAAAGCAACAAUACUGCCCUAAAGUUUUGCGUUUUUAUUAUUCUCAAGAUCUCUCGCCUACCUCUAUCUAAGAGACGUUUCAUCUCCAAUCUUCUUCUUCGCUAUCUCUUUGAUAGAUCUAAUCUUCUAGUUCUUGAUCGUCUCCUUCAAACAAGAUUUACUCUUCUCUGAUCUCUCUUUGUUGAUAUCCAUGGAUGACGAAUAUCUGAGCUACGAGGAGGAGGAGGAGAACGAGGAAGUGGAUUAUGAUUAUGAUGAUCAUUACUCCGAGGACGUUGGUCAGGUGAUCACGAAGGAAGAAGCACCUACGAGCCAAGUGAUCACGAAGGAAGCACUUGUAGCAGCACAGAAGCAAGUUUUGGUUAGGGUUAUGGAAUUGUUAUCGGUUAAGGAGAACCAAGCGAGGACCCUUCUUAUUUAUUACCAAUGGGACGUUGAUAAGUUGUUCUGUCUGUUUGCUGAUCAAGGCAAAGAUCGUUUGUUUUCUUGUGCUGGUCUUACUGCUUUUGAUCCUUGUUUGGUUAGUUCGACUAGGAUGAUGGUGAUGAACUGUUGUGAUAUAUGCAUGGAAGAUGAUUUACCAAGUGAUGUGAUGACUAGAAUGGAGUGUGGUCAUAGCUUUUGUAAUGGUUGUUGGAAAGAGCAUUUUAUUGUUAGGAUCAAUGAAGGUGAGAGCAAAAGGAUUAAGUGUAUGGCUCAUAAAUGUAACGCGAUUUGCGACGAGGAUGUUGUUAGGAGACUGGUUAGUCCUGAGUUGGCUAAGAAGUUUGAACGUUUCCUCAUUGAGUCGUAUGUGGAAGAUAACAGGAUGGUGAAGUGGUGUCCAAGCACACCGCAUUGCGGUAAUGCCAUUCGAAAAAUCAAAGAUGAUGAUGGCGAGGUUGAAUGUUUAUGUGGACUUCAGUUCUGUUUCAGUUGUCUUAGUGAGUCUCACUCUCCUUGCUCUUGUUUGAUGUGGAAGCUAUGGACUAAAAAAUGUGCAGAUGAGUCUGAGACUGUUAAUUGGAUAACAGUUAACACUAAGCUCUGUCCUAAAUGUACCAAACCUAUUUCAAAAAGUGAAGGUUGCAAUCUCAUGACUUGUAAAUGUGGGCAGCAUUUUUGUUGGCUUUGUGGUGAAGCUACUGGAGUCAGCCAUACUUGGACGACCAUCGAUGGUCAUAGCUGUGGUCGGUACAAAGAUGACAAAGUAAGGCAAAUGGAGAGAGCCAAAAGGGAUUUAGACAGGUACACUCAUUACCAUUACCGUUACAAAGCACAUACCGAUUCAUUGAAGCUAGAGGAUAAACUUAGGAAGAAUGUACUCGAAAAGGCAGUGUUGAAUUCAGAAAGGAAGAGUGAAGAAGUGUUUACAAACUACAUUUGGGUUACAGAUGGAGUCAACAGGCUAUUCAGAUCAAGAAGGAUCCUUUCGUAUUCGUAUGUUUUCGCGUACUACAUGUUUGGUGAAGAGCUGUUUAAAGAUGAGAUGAGUGAUAAAGAGAGAGAGAUAAAGAAGAAUCUGUUCGAGGAUCAGCAGCAGCAACUUGAAUGUAACGUUGAGAGGCUUUCCAAGGUUUUGGAAGAGCCUUUUGAUGAGUACGAGUUUAUGAAAGCAGUGGACAUGAGGAGACAACUCAACAACUUGAGUGCUUUGGUUGAUAACAUAUGCAAGCAAAUGUAUGAGUGUAUUGAGAAUGAACUUUUGGGUCCAAUACAAUUUGGAAACCAUAACAUUGCACCUUACAGGUCAAAGGGAAUAGAACAAGCUACUGAGUUUUGUGCUGACAUCUGCAAAUCUUCUUCUUAAGUGUGGUUCAAGUGGUUCUUCAUAGAAUAUGAGAGAAGUUUUAUUUUUAUUUUAAUUUAUCAUAGUUUAUUUGUUUACUUUUCAGCUUUGUUUCAUACACAGAUGAUGUACCCUAGAAUCGAAAACUAUUUUGGUUACUUCGUUAUUGUUGGCUCUUCUUAA